CAAUAGGUACUUAUACUCUUUGCGCUGUAGCAUGGUGCGGGUGACAGUUACCUGUAUGACGUUGACAUCUGUCAAUACCACAUGACUAGGGAUGUGACCUUAUGCAAUUCAUUUUUAUCGCUAACGAUACUCGCGGCAUAAACCUAGUUCUCUUUAAAUAUUGUUAUGAAAAUUAGUGUGUUAUUCAGUUCUGCAGUGUAACUACAUGUAUAAACUUGUCAAUAUAAAUGUUUUAAGGCUACAUAAUUAUCUUUGUUCUUAUAUAAAAUAAUGAAAAUCGGGUUUGUUUUUUUUCGUGACAACAUUUUUGCUCUAUGGCGCGGCGGCCAUUUUGUUUACUCCUCCGAUGCUGUGAGUACGAAUACGAGUGCUAGCGCCUUGACACGUAUUACGAUUUCAUUAUUUGUUUUCAUUUUUGUUAAAUUGUUAUUUGUUAUAAGUUUGUUAAGUUUGUUGUUUUAUUUGUUAAAGUUUGUUGGUUGAAUUUGUUGUUAUUACUAUGCCUAAGCAUACAAAAAAAAAAACAGUUUUGGGUAGUCAGGCCAGGGAGCUUGUUGUUCGCCUCCGAGACUACUUUGAAAGAGAACAACAAAAUAAUGGACCGUUGUUACCAUUGAAUCGAAUUGUAGAACGAGUAACCGAAGCUCUUGAUAUUGGCCGCAAUACUGUUUCGCGUAUAACACGUGAGAAAAUCGGCCAAGAUGGGAUGUCUGAAAAUAAAUUAUCGACACCCAACAAAAAGCGGACCAAGGUGAAGCCAAUCACAGAUUUAGAUGAUUUUACUAGGGUUGCUAUUAGAAAUCAUAUUUAUGAUUAUUAUAGAAGAAUGGAGCUACCCACAUUGCUCAAGCUUCUAAAAUCAUUAAAAGAAGUUGACUUGUUCAAAGGAGGUAUUACUUCGUUGCGGCAAGUUAUAAAAGAUAUUGGCUUUGUUUACAAAAAAGUUAACAAAAGGAAGAUUAUCAUGGAGAGGACUGACAUUGCCCUAGCAAGAUGUACAUUUUUAAGGAAGGCUAAAAACAUAAGUGAUUGGAGCAAAGUUGUCUUUUUGGAUGAAACGUGGCUAAACGCCAACCACACAGUGGCUAAAAGUUGGACCGACGAUACGGCACAAUCGAGUACCAAAGUACCGGAGGGCAAAGGCGAACGCCUUAUUAUUUGUCACGCAGGUACAGCAAGUGGAUUCGUCCCUAAUUGUUUGCUGGCUUUUAAGUCAAAAAAAACUACGGAGUAUCAUGAGGAGAUGAACUACGAAAAAAUUAAAGAUUGGUUCAUAGGUCUAUUAAAUAAUUUAAAAGAGCCUAUGACCAUAAUAAUGGACAACGCACCCUACCAUUCGGUACAAGUUAAUAAACCCCCAAACCAAUCCAACCGCAAAAGCGAGUUGGUGAAGUGGCUGAGUGAAAACGGAGUUACAGCGGAUAUAAAAAUGUUAAAGACGGAGCUUAUUGCCUUAAUCCGGCGUCAUAAGCCACCAACUCCUACCUAUGCUCUGGACGAGAUAGCAAAAGAAAAAGGCCACCAGGUCCUUCGACUACCACCCUACCAUUGCCAGUAUAAUGCUAUUGAGCUGAUUUGGGCUCAAAUAAAAGGUCACGCCGCAAGAAAUAAUACUUCGCCGCCCUUUACGGCAAAUAAGAUGUUGGCCCUAUUACAAGAGGCCAUCAACAAUGUUCAUCCUGAAGACUGGUCGAAGGUCGUGAAUAAAACAAAAAGGGAUAUUAUGUCUGAUUGGGAUCGUGACAUACAUAUUGACAACAUAAUUGAGUCUUCGUUAAUAAUAUCCGUCACAGAUUCAGAUGAUGAAUUGAGUGAGAAUUCAGAUGUUACUGACUCUGACAUGAGUUUAGACGAAUAAAAUGUAUUUUUUCUCUGCAACCAUGCCCUAUAAAUGUUCUGUUGUAUAAUUAUAGACCUUUUAACAACAAAAAUUGAUAUACGCUCAA